CUAGAUAAUAAUUGAUCUUUUUAAGUGGCUUUACAGAGGCCAACUAACCUUCUAAGUUUGAAGUUUCGUCUUUUAAGGAAUUCUUUUUCAGUAUCUUCCUAUUUAGAGCUGUACAAGCACAUCCAAAAUGCAAAAGAAAAAUAGGUGUUCAAAGGAGCACAAAUCCUCUAAAUAGCUCUAGUUUCAAUUGAUUAAGGCUCUUAUAGCUUAUUAGGUUAUUCAUCCCAUUUUUGAUUCUUAAAGAAAGGUGUGCUGAUAAAUAUUUUGUAGCAGCCGCCGUUCCUGACGUGGUGCCAUUUGAGAAGGUGGAGUUUGGUUGAGGAUGUCUAAUGAGUACGCUCUCUAAGCUUAUGACAUUGAAUCACAAUUGUUGAGGAGGGUAGUAGUAAAUCAUGUCAGGAGGGUGAUUAGGUUACUGGUUGGUUUGGCAGUGUUACUCUGAAUUGGAAUGAUGAAGUGCAAUACAUAGCGCAUAGACUGUGAUGUGUGAUGUAACCCGUCAGGUGCUGCUUCCUUCGCAGUUAGCACUGCCACCUCGUCGCCGUCGAGGUUGAAUAUUGAUUUUUUCCGUGGUCUUUUAGGUCACAGUGUCAGUUAUCCUUUGUCAUUGUGCAUUAUGUAAUAUUGUGGAACUUCGGAUUUAGAAAAGGUGGUUUAAAAAGAAAUCUUUUGGCAUAGAAAUGGUGAAAGAUUACUGGCCUUGAACCUUUAAAGUCAACUCAAGCCUUUUUUGGGAACAGAGGCUGUAUAAUCUUCUUUCCUCGGGGUGGUCCUAGAGAGGAUAUAUUACUCUACCAGGCUUUCUGGAGGCUUGAAAGCUCACUGAAGUUUGUAGUUUCCAUCAAUGUAUUAUGUAUCUGAAAAGUUGGUUAGAGCUACAUUCCUGCCAUCAAGCUGGAUGUUCUUCCCUUCCUGUUCCUUUCCCAUUUCUGUGACAAUGCACCAUCAACCUUGAAAGGACAACCUUAUCCUUCGUACCAACAAACCAGCUGCAAUUAAGUGACUAGAAGCUUAACCUAUCAACCAGAUGACAGGGGCAGACAUUCCUGGGAUGUUGACAGCAAAAAUGAACUGAAUAUAGUGCCACACUGCAAGGGCCUUACAGAGGAAAGAGGGAAGAGAACUAAGAGAAGUUAAAGGAAAGCUGUUGAUGGAAAAUACAGAUUCAACACCAUAGCGGAACAGAUGGCCCCUCUGUGGCAUAAACAACCUUGAAGGAAAUCCCGAUUUUCCCGAUUUUCCUAGUGAAAAUUACGCAGACAUGAGAAAAUUGGUGUGUAUUUGUCUGAAACAGAAAACACCAUGACUUAAAUUUCCCAGCAGCAGAAGAAGCUGACACUACGAAACAGGCAAAUCUGAAGAACAAAUUAGGCUUGUACUAAAAAGGUUUGGCAGCAUGAACUGAGGAUGUGGAUUGUUUAAUUUUGGAAAGCUCGUGAGAGAAGAAUAGGGCAAACGGCUUGUUAUGUAAUUAUGAAGGUUAGAAUUUGCGGCUUCUGAGAAGGAGGGAUUUCUGUUUCAGAUAAAGCAAGCAAUUAAUGGCUGUCAUGGUGUGGACAUGCAAUUCACUGGUAUAAAUUUCCUUGAAUCACUGGUAUCUGAAUUUUCUCCAUCCACUUCAACCGCCAUGGGCCUUCCUAGAGAGUUCCAUGAGCAGUGCAGGAUGUCCCUGGAGGUCGGCAACCUGAAGACAUUCUACAGUUGGGCCCAGGAAGCUGCUGUAGCUGUUACAGAUAGAAUAGUGGAAUCUGAUUCUGAGGUCCCUGAAGUUAAAGUUUGCACUGCUGCGAUACGCCUAAUGCUUCAAAUUUUGAACUGGGAUUUCCGUUACAGUUCUAGUGAAAAUGCUAAAACAAAUGUAGAUGUUUUUUCUGCGAAAGCUAGACUCGAUCCUGUCUAUUCUAGGAGAUCUGAAUGUAUUCUAGUGCAGCCUGGUCCUUCAUGGCAGAAGAUAUUGCUUUCAAGCGGGCAUGUUAGCUGGGUCUUGAAUCUUUAUGGAUCGUUGAGGCAUAAGUUCUCACUCGGGGGAUACUGGCUUGAUUGUCCAAUUGCGGUUUCUGCUAGAAAGCUUAUUGUGCAGUUUUGUUCCUUAACUGGAAAUAUAUUUUCAACAGAUAAUAAUCAAAUGCGAGAACACCACCUUGUACUAUUACUAUCUGGAAUCAUACAAUGGGUUCAUCCCCCGGAUGCUGUAUCGAGGGCAAUCGAAUGUGGGAAAAGUGAAAGUGAGUUGCUUGAUGGUUGCCGAGCAUUAUUGGCUUUAGCAACUGUAACUUCACCGAGUGUGUUUGAUCAACUCUUGAAAACCAUAUGCCCCUUCGGAACAAUAACCUUGUUAUCUAGCUUGAUGAGUGAAGUCAUUAAGGUACUUAUGGUGACUGAUACUGAUGAGGAGACAUGGAGUUGGGUAGCACGCGAUAUCUUGUUAGAUACAUGGACAUCUCUUCUUGCGCCUUCUGAGAGUGGUGGGAAUCGAUCGCUUCCAUUAGAAGGAAUAAGUGCUGCUGCUUCUCUGUUCUCAUUGAUCUUGGAAUCUGAACUAAAGACUGCCUCUGCAACAGCAUUUAAUGAUGAUGAUAGCAACGACUACCUUCAUGCUUCAAUUUUUGGCAUGGAUGAAAGGCUGAACUCUUAUGGUCUUAUUGCAAGGGCAUCAAUAGAGUAUUCAGUGCCAUUUCUUACAAAAGUCUUCUUGGAACGCUUUGCAAAACUUCACCAGGCUAGAGGCAGAUCUGAUCCAACUGCAAUAUUGGAAGAGAUAUACUCACUUUUACUAAUAACUGGACAUGUUCUUGCCGACGAGGGAGAAGGGGAGUUGCCUCUGGUUCCAGAGACUAUACAAAUGCACUUCUUGGAUAGCAGAGAAGGUGACAAGCAUCCCGUAGUAGUACUUUCCAGUUCCAUAUUACACUUCGCUGAGCAGAGUGUUGAUCCAGAAAUUAGAGUAUCCACUUUCAGUCCUCGUCUUAUGGAGGCAGUUAUCUGGUUCCUUGCUCGAUGGUCUCGCACAUAUCUAAUGGCAUCUGAAGCUAGUGGCAAUGGUGAUGGUGGUUAUCUUCCGGAGCAGCUUCAGCAUUCCAAAAAGGUGUUACUUGACUUUUUUGGGGAACUGAAUAAAGGAAAAUCCGUCCUUGAUCUUAUUGUCCGCAUAUCCAUAACAGCGUUGAUUUCAUAUCCUGGGGAAAAAGAUUUGCAGGAGCUUACAUGUCGCCAUCUAUUUCAUGGAUUAGUUGGACGUCGGGAGAUCAGUGCCCACCUUGUUUCUUUGGAUGCAUGGCGUGAUUUGGCAACAUCUUUUGCUAAUGAACAAACUUUGUUCUCACUGAGUGCUCCUCAUCAACGGUCCCUGGCACGGAGUCUUGUUCUUUCAGCAUCUGGAUUGACAAAUCCUGAGACAUCAAAUCAGUAUGUGAGGGAUCUCAUGAAUCAUAUGACAGUUUAUCUUCUAAAUUUGUCGGGCAAAAGUGAUCUGAAGAAUGUCUCUCAGCAGCCAGAGACUAUCAUGGUGGUGAGUUGCUUACUGGAGCGUCUACGUGGAGCUGCUAGUGCCUCAGAACCACGGACACAACGAGCGAUUUAUGAGAUUGGACUUUCUGUAAUGAACCCUAUCCUAACAUUUCUUGAAGUCUACAAAAAUGAGCCUGCAGUUGUCUAUUUGCUGCUCAAAUUUGUUGUCCAGUGGGUAGAAGGCCAAAUUAGUUAUCUGGAGGCUCAAGAAACUGCAACUCUCAUCAACUUCUCUAUGCGUUUGCUUCAGAUAUACUCUUCCCAUAACAUUGGCAAGAUUUCUAUAAGUCAAUCCAGCACCUUAGAUAAUGAAGCAAAAACUGAGAAAUACAAGGAUCUGCGUGCUUUGAUUCAACUUCUUGCAAACCUCUGCUCAAAAGAUCUGAUUGAUUUCUCAACUGGGCCUGUGGAGUCAUCGGGUACGAACAUCGGUCAGGUUGUGUAUGUUGGUCUCCACAUAAUUACACCAUUGAUAUCCAUCGAUCUUUUGAAAUAUCCUAAACUCUGUCAUGAGUACUUCUCGUUGAUAUCACAUAUGUUGGAGGUUUACCCAGAGAUGGUUGGCCAACUAAAUGCAGAAGCUUUCGCACAUAUAAUUGGAACCCUUGACUAUGGCCUGCGUCAUCAGGAUUCAGAAGUCGUUGACAAAUGCCUGAGAGCUCUGAAAGCACUUGGCUCAUAUCAUCAUAAGGAAACUAUCACUGGAAAUGUAGGUUUAGGCUCACAAGCUAGUGGUGUCAAGGAUUCAAUGGGGAAUGUUCUGGAAGGGAUUUUAAGUCGCUUCCUUCCUUCCUUGCUGCAGUUACUUCUGUUUGAGGAUUACAGCACUGACUUGGUGAGUGCAGCGGCAGAUGCUCUGUUUCCUUUAAUUCUUUGUGAGCAAGGUCUAUAUCAGCGUUUGUGCAAUGAACUGAUCGAGAAACAAACUAAUCCAGCAUUCAAGACGAGACUAGCAAAUGCAUUACAUGCUCUUACGAGCGCAAACCAGAUUUCUUCCACUCUGGAUCGUAUUAAUUACCAAAGGUUCAGGAAGAAUCUUCUAAAUUUUCUGAUCGAAGUUCGUGGGUUUCUGCAAAUGGUAUGAUGUAAAAUUUCCAGGAAGCACAACGUUUCUUCUCUAAUUUGGGUGCCAAGGUUCAGGAGUUAGUACGAACCAUUAUUAUAUGGUGCAAGAGUACAUAUUUUAUCCAGAAACUUCAACAGCUGCUGCAGUUUAUAAAUUGGUAAUUUUCACCCGUAAACCAUAGUAUUGGUUUGAUAUAUGAAGCUUCAGAAAUACUUUCCAUUGGGAAUUUUUGUGAAGGCCCUUAUUCCUUUUCGACUAGGGUAGGGGAUAGAGUAGUCGAUAUCCUCGAUUUUUAUGUAAAUAUGUCUACUGAAGACUCGUAGCUUUGUGUCUUGUUGUAUGUGAAAUUAUAGCUAGUGCAAUCA